UUAAGUGGAUAACGUUCAUACCGAAUGUUGAACGGAAUUGGUCGUAUUAGUUAUGUUGACGCCGUCGUGAAAAAACGUUUAGUCGACGCGGUGUUACUGGUUAUUAAGAAAAAGCAAAAAAGUGGUUAGAGAACAGAAUUAAAUAAAAAAAUAAGUGUAUAAAGAACAAAAAGUACUAUAAAAACAACGGUUGCGGGCAAAGCAUACAACAAAUAAAAUUAUAUACAUUGAAAGCUCUAUUUAGCAGACAACUCCAUUAAUCGUGCAAAUUCACCGGUGCCAAAAUUUUUGAUAUAUAUUAAGUGAGCUUCUCUAUUUACCCUACAUAAAGGCACCUCUUGCCAGUGUCGCCUUUGGGAGAAUUCACUAUUUAUAUGUAUUACCUGCAUUAAAUCUAUUGACAAGCCUGCAAUAAAUAUAAUUAUGUAUAUACAAAUGGGAGUGAAUGUUUGUAUAUAAAUACAUAUGUUGUAAUGCUUUAUAACUAAUUUAUUAUAAUUGAGAACAAAUUAAUAAAUAUAAAAAAAUAUUUAAAUUGUAAAAAUAUAUACAAAUCGAUAUAUCUUUGCACAGCAAACUGCAUAAUUAAUACUAAAUACAAACUUUAUAUAAUAAUAAACGCAAUUACUUAAUCGCAACAUUUAAAUGUGUUAUUAGUGCAAAUAAAUUAUUCCAAAAUAAGCGUUCUUAAAACGCUCUCUCUCUUUCUCAAAUCACUUAACGAAUCAAUCAACGUGUAAUUAACUAACCCUGACAGCUUAAGCGUGUUACAUACAUACAUACAUAUUACAUAAUUUGUGUAAAGUUCGGCAAAAAGAAAACACGAAAAAAACACCUCAAACCUAAUUUUCGUUUAAAGUGUCUAUCAAAAUCAAAGCUCUGUUGUACGUCCUUGCAUCCAUCCAUCCAGCUAUCAAUACCCUUGCAUUUCAAAUGUAUUUACGUAAUAAUAUGUAACAUAUGUUGUGCAUUAUGUGUGCCCCAAAUAAAAUCAAAUUGAAAAGUGUAACCUAAUUCCAAUUUCAUUAUUUAGUGUGUCACAAAAAAAAAAUAAUAAUAAUAAGAAAAUAGAAAAAAUUAAAAUUUGAAAUCAUUUAAUUCAAAUAUUCGAUAUAUUUGGAUUUGUGCAUUAUCCCUAUUUAUGUGCUUAAAAUACUAAAACAAAAAUUGUGCGUGUGUGUGUCGUGUAAACAAAAUCAAACUGUUCUAAAAACUAAAUAAAUAAUAAAACUUACAAAAUGGCGGACUUAAUACGUCCGCCGUUUAGUGAUAUUAAGCGGCCAGACGAGAUCGUCAGGAUGACCACCGCCGACAACUUGAAGUUCGCCGUACUCAUCGGACUGAUCGAGGUUGGUCAGGUGACCAAUCGGGAGGUCGUCAACACUGUUUUACAUUUGCUCGUCGGUGGCGAAUUUGAUAUGGAAUUAAAUUUUGUGAUACAAGAUGCACAAAAUAUUAAACACAUGCUAGAACUGCUGGAUCAUUGUCCGCCAAAUCUACAGGCCGAGAUCUGGAGUGUGUUCAUUGCUAUUCUACGCAAGAGCGUGCGCAAUUUGCAGGCAUGCACAGACGUCGGUCUAAUCGAGCACGUAUUGGUGCGACUACAGCGCUCCGAAACGGUUGUGGCAGAUUUGCUCAUCGAAAUGCUGGGUGUGUUGGCCAGCUACAGCAUUACAGUGAAAGAGCUCAAACUACUCUUCGGCACCAUGAAAGCGGUGAAUGCCAAAUGGCCACGUCACUCUGCCAAAUUGUUGAACGUGUUGCGUCAAAUGCCACAUCGCAAUGGACCCGAUGUGUUUUUCAGUUUUCCAGGUCGCAAAGGAUCGGCCAUGGUACUGCCGCCGCUGGCGAAAUGGCCAUACGAAAAUGGCUUUACAUUUACAACGUGGUUUCGUUUGGAUCCUAUUAAUUCGGUGAAUAUCGAGCGCGAGAAGCCCUACCUCUAUUGUUUUAAAACAUCGAAAGGCGUUGGCUAUACAGCACAUUUUGUUGGCAAUUGUCUGGUGCUUACAUCGAUGAAAGUCAAAGGCAAAGGUUUCCAGCAUUGUGUGAAGUAUGAAUUUCAACCGAGAAAGUGGUACAUGAUUGCCAUAGUGUACAUAUAUAAUCGUUGGACGAAAAGCGAAAUAAAGUGCCUCGUUAAUGGACAAUUGGCGUCCAGUACCGAAAUGGCGUGGUUCGUUUCCACAAACGAUCCAUUUGACAAGUGUUACAUCGGCGCAACGCCCGAACUGGAUGAGGAGCGUGUCUUUUGCGGGCAAAUGUCAGCGAUUUAUCUAUUUAGCGAAGCGCUGACAACGCAGCAGAUUUGCGCGAUGCAUCGCUUGGGGCCCGGUUAUAAGUCACAAUUCCGCUUCGACAACGAGUGCUAUCUGAACCUGCCGGACAAUCACAAACGGGUGAGUCAGAACAACAACAACAACAGCAACAAUAACAAUAUAUCGACGACGGUGCUGCUCGCUGAACAAGAGGCGCAAGCCAUCGACUGGGCCGAUGAGAAGCUCGAUUUGAGUGCGGCCUUUGCGAAAGUGCGUGCUGUGCUCUCAGCACGCAACGCCUCGGCCAAUGCGGUGCUCAAUGCGCUGAGCGGUGUCGUGGUUGUCGAUCAGACAUCCGGUGGCGCAACGGCCACGGCCAGCACAGGCGCCGCACAGCCGACGGCGGCGGYGGCGAACUCCAACAGCGCUGGCGGAAAUAAUACAGCGGCGAAUGCAAACAACAAUCAAUUUGGCGGCGCUGCGGGCGCUAGUGACAACAACAAAAUCAUCACAGAUCCUUUGUGUCAUUUGCCAACCGGAAAUACAUCCUUUGAGCAAUUGCGUCGCAUUUCGUCGACUUCCGCCUCCGGUUUGGAGCUUUUGAGAGGAUACACCAGUCAGACCGAAGAAAUUACUCAGCUUAAAGCUGUACUUUAUGAUGGCAAAUUGUCAAACGCCAUCGUCUUCAUGUACAAUCCAGUGGCAACCGAUGGCCAGCUGUGUCUACAAUCCGCACCGAAAGGGAAUGUUUCAUACUUUGUACAUACACCGCAUGCACUUAUGUUACAGGACGUUAAAGCCGUCGUUACACACUCAAUACACUGUACAUUAAAUUCCAUUGGUGGCAUUCAAGUGCUGUUUCCGUUAUUCUCGCAACUGGAUAUGGCGCAUGAGGGCAUAAGCGAUAUAAAACGCGAUCCGACGUUAUGUUCCAAACUUUUGGGUUUCAUUUGUGAAUUAGUCGAAACAUCACAAACCGUACAACAACAUAUGAUACAGAAUCGUGGAUUCCUAGUCAUCUCGUUUAUGUUGCAGCGUUCGUCGCGCGAACACUUGACGCUGGAAGUUUUGGGUUCAUUUCUGAAUUUAACCAAAUAUUUGGUGACAUGUCUCUCGGCGAAUAGUGAUUUAUUGCUGAAGCAGCUGUUCUGUUUCUCAUUUCUGACGUGGCAGCUGCUCGAUCAUGUGCUCUUCAAUCCGGCGCUGUGGAUCUACACGCCAGCCAAUGUGCAGGCGCGCUUGUACUCCUACUUGGCAACGGAAUUCCUCAGCGAUACGCAAAUCUACAGCAAUGUGCGACGUGUUAGCACCGUACUGCAGACAGUGCACACACUGAAAUACUACUAUUGGGUUGUGAAUCCGCGUACGAAGAGUGGCAUCAUACCAAAGGGAUUGGAUGGUCCACGUCCAGCACAAAAGGAUAUACUAGCGAUACGCGCUUACAUUCUAUUGUUUUUGAAACAAUUGAUUAUGAUCGGCAAUGGCGUCAAGGAGGAUGAAUUGCAAAGCAUUUUGAAUUAUUUGACGACCAUGCAUGAGGAUGAGAAUCUUCAUGACGUUCUGCAAAUGUUAAUUUCGCUUAUGUCCGAGCAUCCCAGCUCCAUGGUACCUGCUUUCGAUGUGAAACAUGGCGUUCGUAGCAUUUUCAAAUUAUUGGCUGCUGAAAGUCAAUUGAUACGCUUACAAGCAUUAAAAUUGCUUGGAUUCUUUUUAUCACGCAGCACACACAAACGAAAAUAUGACGUUAUGUCGCCGCACAACUUAUACACACUAUUAGCGGAACGUUUAUUACUCUACGAGGAGUCGCUUUCCCUGCCAACGUAUAAUGUCCUCUACGAAAUUAUGACCGAACAUAUAUCACAACAAAUUCUAUAUACCAGACAUCCAGAGCCUGAGAGUCACUAUCGUUUGGAGAAUCCAAUGAUCCUUAAGGUCGUCGCUACGCUCAUACGUCAAUCCAAACAAACCGAAUCGCUGAUCGAGGUGAAGAAGCUCUUUCUCUCCGACAUGACACUGCUGUGCAAUAGCAAUCGCGAAAACCGACGCACUGUACUUCAGAUGUCCGUGUGGCAAGAAUGGCUCAUAGCUAUGGCCUACAUACAUCCGAAAAAUACCGAAGAGCAGAAAAUCUCUGAUAUGGUAUACUCGCUCUUCCGUAUGUUGCUGCAUCACGCGAUCAAGCAUGAGUACGGCGGUUGGCGUGUGUGGGUCGACACACUGGCCAUAGUGCACUCGAAGGUCUCAUACGAAGAAUUUAAACUGCAGUUCGCGCAAAUGUACGAACACUAUGAACGACAACGCACAGACAACAUAACCGAUCCCGCAUUGCGACAAGCGCGUCCCAUCAGCACGAUCAGUGGUUGGGAGCGUGAAGAGCAACAGCAGCAGCAACAUCAUCAGCACCACCAACACCAACAGCAACAGCAGCUGGAGCAUACACAUAUGCACCAUCAGCAGCAACGACACGCGGCGCUACCGGCAGCUACAAUACAAGAGCUGCCAGUUAAAGAUGAAGAAUCGGUGGGUUCACUUGAAGAUGUGCCACCCGUAGAGGAGGAAGUGGAAGAGAGUGAAGAUGUUGAGUCCACUACACAGGAGUUGAACACAACUGCCGAUGUCAAUGAGCCCGCGAACUGUGUCUGCUCCCCGGACGAAAAGGUGACCGACGAAGAAUUGACGAAAGAGACGGUGCCAAGCGAAGACUUAAUCAAAUCGAAAAUUUCCAACAUAUCCGAUGUUUACAAUGAACACAUUAAAUCGGAAGUGAUAGUCACCAGCAUCGUUGAAUCACCGGCAGUCGCAGUGACUUGCAAUGGUAGCGCCUCCUGCUCUUCGACGGGUGCAAGCGCAAGUAGUACACCCGCAAAGUCAACCACUAGCGCCGGUCAAGAAGCAUUGUCACAAACACUUAACCUCAAGGCAGAGGACCUCGAAGAAAUCGAGUUGGCCACCGCCAAGUUGGCGGCCGGUACUACUGCCGAUGAUGAACUUGUACAACAAGUGCUGCAAAACUCAGAAAAGGCGCUACAAAACUGCAAAAUAGUAGCCGAUGAAAUGCAAGAAGCUUCCUCCGUUUUGAAGGAUGAAGAAAUUGAGUUAGCAGUCAAUGAGGUAGUACAAGGCGUGCUCAAAAAUGAGAAGAAGCAAGCGGCGAAAGAACCGUCCACAGAGCAAACUGCAACCGAUGAGGACAAUGUGUCUUUGUUGAACACAAAGAACUUGCUGAACAACAAUGCUGACGAGCUCAAAAGCACAACAAACAACAACAAUAACAAUACAGCCGAUAUCAAUGAAACAAAUGCGAACAGUGAGACCAACGAAAAUGCCAACAAUGCCGUCACGGAUUUACUCACUCAAGCGUCUGACGUUAUUGGGACGCAACAAAAGACUGAAGACAACAAAACCGAUGAAAAUACCAUAAAUAACAACAACACAAAUACUGCCGAGCCCAGCAAUGACGAGCACAAAACCUCGAAGUUGGCAAUCGUUGUUGCCAAAGAGCAUGAACACGAACUAAUGGAUGUAAGUUCAUCGCUUUCGACCACAGUAGAGACUACCGAGGAGAUCUCAUCACUUAGCCCCGAAACAACGGUGUCCAGCGCAUCCAUGACCGAAGAAAAUUUGCUCGGACUAACCGAGUCGUCUGCGGUAGACAAUGAAAACAUCAUUGUCGAGACAAUAGUGAAGGACAUAGUCGAUAAAUUGAUAGACAAAGUGGUCGAUGCGAGCAUUGCCGAAGAUGAGGCGCGCAAAGAGACCAACAACAAUGAGAUUGUAGAAGAAGCGAAGAAUGAUGUUAGUGAAGCAGCUGUCUCAGAGGCUGCCAAGGAAAUCGUAGAAGAUGUGCUCACAACCGCCUUAGACAAAGCUGAUACGGUGAUAACGGCGGCACAGGUAGACACACAUACUGAAGAAGCUGGUAAAGCACAAGUGGAUGCUACAAAGGAAAAUGUCACAGACAUUGUGCAAACAGUGGUGAAUGAUUUGUUGGAGCAAACAGUAAAUGCAGUCGAGGAAACGGUUGAGCCCGAAGUGGCAACUUUAGCAUACACAGAUGAGCUGAAAGCGGAAACGGCAGACCCACUUGCAUUACCGGCAGCAGUGGAAGUGCCCGCGGAGAAACCAUUAGCAGCCAUAACACAUGCAGUGGUGAAAGAAGUCGACUCCACCACACAAACCACGCCAAAGAACGAGCCCAAUGACGGUGCAGUUGGACAUUUGGAUGUCGAAGCAGUGGAAGAGCUGGCCGAGCAGACCGAAGAGGAGACACACGCCACACAUGAAGAACUGCAGGACGAUAUGGCGCAAGUGGAUGAACGGCAAAUAAAACACACGACUGCCAGCACACAAGUAGAGAAUAAUCAUUUCGACAACAAACAUCCACACCAACAGCAGCAAACGCAGCAGCAGCAGCAACAACGUACAAAAACCGGCUCAACACGUCCAAUGUUCAGUCCCGGACCAACACGUCCACCCUUUCGCAUACCGGAAUUCAAAUGGUCAUACAUACAUCAGCGCCUGCUCUCCGACGUGCUCUUCUCCCUCGAGACGGACAUACAAGUGUGGCGCAGCCACUCGACCAAAAGUGUUUUGGAUUUUGUAAAUUCAAGCGAGAAUGCCAUAUUCGUGGUGAAUACGGUGCAUUUGAUAUCGCAGUUAGCGGAUAAUUUGAUCAUUGCUUGUGGCGGUCUACUGCCACUACUGGCCAGUGCCACAUCGCCCAAUUCCGAAUUGGAUGUGCUGGAGCCCACACAGGGCAUGCCGCUCGAGGUGGCCGUCUCCUUUCUGCAGCGUCUCGUCAACAUGGCGGACGUGCUAAUCUUCGCCACCUCGUUGAACUUCGGCGAACUGGAGGCGGAGAAGAACAUGUCCAGCGGCGGCAUAUUGCGUCAAUGUUUGCGUCUGGUGUGCACAUGUGCCGUGCGCAAUUGUCUGGAGUGUAAGGAGCGUACGCGCUACAAUAUGGGCGCUAUGGCGCGCGAUGUACCCGGCGCAGCACACCUGCAGGCGCUCAUCCGUGGCGCUCAAGCAUCGCCCAAGAAUAUUGUUGAGUCAAUAACAGGUCAAUUAUCCCCAGUCAAGGAUCCUGAGAAGCUGCUGCAGGAUAUGGAUGUCAAUCGCUUGCGUGCCGUUAUCUAUCGUGAUGUGGAGGAAACGAAGCAAGCGCAGUUCCUCUCGCUCGCCAUCGUCUAUUUCAUUUCUGUGCUAAUGGUGUCCAAAUAUCGUGAUAUACUCGAGCCGCCCGCGGAACCGCAAAUACAACGGCAAUCGCCUGUGAUGCAACGUACAGCAGCCGAACCCUCAGGUCGCCCGCUCUUCCCCCAGUGGUCGCACCAUGUCUACCCACAAUUCCUGCCCAACAAUUCUCAUCAAAAUCAUAUGCCCACGGCUACAUCGACCACAUCGAAUAAUAUGCAACAGCAACAACAACAACAAGCACAAACAUCGCAUCAACAUUACUAUCAGCAACAACAAAUGACAUCACCGCCACACCAGCCGCAACAACAGCAACAGCUGGCGCAGCAGCACAAUUACAGCCAUCAUUAUGCCGCAUUGCAACAACAACAACAACACACAGCUUACUACAGCGAUCAACAGCAGCAGCAACAACAACAGCUGCACAAUCACGCAAUGAGCGGCGGCAGCAGCAACAGCAGCAGCAAUUAUGCUGGCAAUAUAUCACCGCCGUUGGCCACACAGUCAACAAGUUCCUCGGCCUCAUCGUCGGCCACCUCACAGCCGGCCUCCUCGUCGUCGUUGUCGAGCUUGGCCUCACAGCCUGGUGCGGCGGCGGUAACGCGUCAUCACCAGCAACAACAUCAGCAUGCCGCACAUCACACACACACUGUCGCACACCAGCACCAGCGGCAUGCACCGAAACAUCACUACCACCACCAGCAGCAACAGCAACAACAACAACAGCAACAACAACAAAUGCCACAGCAACAAUUUCAGCAACAUUACGGCAUGAUGAAUGGCAUUGGUAAUCAAAUGGUAAACGGUGUUGGUGGUGSUGGCGUUGGUGGCAACAAGACAGCGCAACAAAAUGCCACAAUGCCAGCCAACAGCCAUCAGCAGCAGCAUUAUGUUGGCAAUGCUGGCGAUAUGAACGGCAGUGCCUACCACCAAUAUAUGCGUCCAAGUGGCACCAUGAUGAAUGGCGGUGGCGUCGGUGGUGGCAGUGGUGUGCCGCAUCCGAACGGCAUCAACGUCGAUUACCACACACAUGCACAUGCCACCGGUGUUGGUGGGCCAGUGAACGGUGCCGCCAAUAAUAAUAGUAGUCUUCUACUGAGCAAUAACAACAAUUGCAACAACAACGGCAUGCGCGGCAAUACGUUGCGCGAUGCGAGCACAGCCAGCGGUGGUCAUAUGUUGGGCGGCGCUGGUGUUGGUAUUGGUGUUAGUGUUGGCGUUGGUGGUGUGGGUGUUUCAGCUGGCGUAGGUAGCGGUGUUGUUGGCGGCGCUGCUACAUUGCCAUACAAGAAUAAUGGUUUGAAUAACAAUUACCGUUACAAUGGACGCGCCAAUAUGGGAACAGGCGCUCGCACAAUACAGGAUGGCGACUAUGAGAUAAUUGUCGUGGAUGAGAAUAAUCCGUCGGUCUUGGCGGACAAUGACUCACAUUCCAGCGGACCGCCUUCGAUUAAGAGUAAUAAGGCUACCAAUACCAAUACUACAACAACAACACCAAAUAUGUCCAACACUAAAACGGAACAGAGGGUAAAAGUAAACACUGUGACAAAUCUAGCAACAACUAUAACAACAACACUAGGUUUAACGUCGCCAAAUGCAAAAGUGUUGAAACAUACAAGCAAAUUGCAACAACAACCAUUGUCACCGCCGAAACCAGUGUUGCCUAAAAAAUUGCCAAAGAGUGUCGACUCGGAUGUCGGUUCGUUGAACAUGAAUUCAACGGAGAACGAAGUUCCUGAAGUGGAAUCGUCGAGUGAAAUUCUGGCCGAUGACAACAAACCGACCAACUCGAACGACGAAAGCUGGACAGAUGUCAAUUUGAAUGAGGAUGCCGGUGUACAGGCCACCGCAAGUGGUUUACUGUCGGGCGGCAUGUCGGCAGUGGAUGGGAAAAUGCGUGACAUCGACGGGCUGCAACAUCAUGCACACCAACAACAACAACAGCAGCAGCAACAACAGCAGUCAACAACGUCAGGACAUGGCCAACCGCAGGGUGCUCAACAAAUGCAAGUACACCACGGACAUCAGUUGGUGGGUGCUGGCGGCGAACGCGGCGACAAACCCGAUUCGGAAAUAUCGGUUGUGCGCGUACCGGACAGUUAUGCAACAGCAUCUGGCGCGUCAGGCGCGGGCGUUGGCACGGCUGCCGGCAAUGUGGGUCAGCGUGGCACACGCUCCGAUGAGCUACAAAUGAAACCACCACUCGUUGGCCAGCUGCCGAUGACAACGCCCUCGCGUGAGGCGAGCCUUACGCAGAAGCUGGAAGUAGCGCUGGGUCCGGUGUGUCCACUGUUACGUGAAAUAAUGGUCGACUUUGCGCCAUUCCUAUCGAAAACGCUCGUCGGCUCGCACGGUCAAGAGCUGUUGAUGGAGGGUAAAGGUCUAACGACAUUCAAGAAUUCACACUCCGUGGUCGAGUUAGUGAUGUUGCUGUGUUCACAAGAGUGGCAGAACAGUCUGCAGAAGCAUGCCGGUCUGGCGUUUAUUGAAUUGAUUAAUGAGGGUCGCCUGUUAUCGCAUGCCAUGAAGGAUCACAUUGUGCGCGUCGCUAAUGAAGCUGAAUUCAUAUUGAAUCGUAUGCGUGCCGAUGACGUGCUCAAGCAUGCCGAUUUCGAGUCACAAUGCGCACAAACGCUGUUGGAGCGGCGCGAGGAAGAGCGCAUGUGUGACCAUCUCAUCACCGCGGCGCGCCGACGUGACAACGUGAUUGCUAGUCGCCUCUUAGAAAAGGUGCGUAAUAUUAUGUGCAAUAGGCAUGGUGCUUGGGGUGAUGCCAGUGGUACUGUGCAGAAGCAAACAUUUUGGAAAUUGGAUGCCUGGGAGGAUGAUGCACGCCGUCGCAAGCGUAUGGUACAAAAUCCACGCGGCUCGUCACAUCCACAGGCCACGCUCAAGGCGGCCAUUGAAAAUGGUGCACCUGAGGAUGCGAUCUUACAGACACGUGAUGAAUUCCAUACACAGAUUGCUGUGUCACGCGGCCAUCAGUCAUCCCAGCAUACAGCCGACCUGUUGGAUGAUGCCGAGCUGUUGAUUGAAGACCGUGAAUUGGAUUUGGACUUGACAGGACCAGUCAACAUUAGCACUAAAGCAAAACUAAUUGCACCCGGUGUCGUGGCACCCGGUACAGUGUCUAUCACCAGCACUGAAAUGUUCUUCGAAGUGGACGAAGAUCAUCCAGAAUUUCAGAAGAUCGAUCCCGAGGUGCUGAAGUAUUGCGAUCAUCUGCAUGGCAAGUGGUACUUCUCAGAAGUGCGCGCGAUCUUCUCGCGUCGUUACUUGUUGCAAAAUGUGGCACUGGAGAUUUUCCUAGCUAGUCGCACCUCCAUACUUUUCGCUUUCCCCGAUCAACAUACUGUAAAGAAGGUCAUCAAAGCUUUGCCGCGUGUUGGCGUCGGCAUCAAAUAUGGCAUACCACAAACACGACGCGCUUCGAUGAUGUCGCCCCGUCAGCUGAUGCGCAACUCUAAUAUGACACAGAAGUGGCAACGACGCGAAAUUUCCAAUUUCGAGUACUUAAUGUUCCUCAAUACAAUAGCAGGACGUACUUACAAUGACCUCAAUCAGUACCCAGUCUUUCCAUGGGUGCUUACCAAUUAUGACACAAAAGAACUAGACCUCAGUCUGCCUUCGAACUAUCGCGAUCUCUCGAAACCGAUAGGUGCAUUGAAUCCGUCACGACGCGCCUAUUUUGAGGAGCGCUACGAGAGCUGGGAAAGUGACACGAUACCACCAUUCCACUAUGGCACCCAUUAUUCUACAUCGAGUUUCACACUAAAUUGGUUGGUACGUGUUGAGCCCUUCACCACCAUGUUCUUAGCGCUGCAAGGCGGAAAAUUCGACUAUCCCGACCGCUUGUUCUCCUCCAUAUCGCUUUCGUGGAAAAACUGCCAACGUGACACAUCCGAUGUUAAAGAACUCAUACCCGAAUGGUAUUUCCUGCCAGAAAUGUUCUACAAUUCGUCCAGUUAUCGUCUGGGCCAUCGCGAAGAUGGCACACUCGUCAACGAUGUUGAGCUGCCGCCAUGGUCUAAAAGUCCCGAAGAAUUCGUGCGCAUCAACCGCAUGGCUUUAGAGUCGGAGUUCGUCUCAUGCCAACUACAUCAAUGGAUCGAUCUGAUAUUUGGCUACAAACAACGUGGUCCCGAAGCUAUACGCGCCACUAAUGUCUUUUACUACUUAACCUAUGAGGGUAGCGUAGAUUUGGAUGCUAUUGGCGAUCCAGUUAUGCGUGAGGCAGUGGAGAAUCAAAUCCGUAAUUUCGGCCAGACACCCAGCCAGCUGCUAAUGGAACCACAUCCACCGCGCAGCUCGGCAAUGCAUUUGUCACCGAUGAUGUUCAGCGCCAUGCCCGAUGAUCUCUGUAUGUCGCUUAAAUUCUAUCAGAACUCACCAAUUAUACACAUCUCUGCCAAUACCUAUCCGCAAUUGUCGCUGCCAUCGGUGGUGACCGUGACUGCGGGCCAUCAGUUCGCCGUGAAUCGCUGGAAUUGCAACUACACCGCAUCCGUCCAGAGCCCCAGUUAUGCUGAGUCGCCACAAUCGCCCGGCUCAAACCUGCCGCUGACCAUCGAUCCUGUCUUGUCUGCACAAAAUACAGGUCACAAUAACCCCAUGAAUCGCCGACAUCUGGGGGACAAUUUCAGUCAAAUGUUGAAGAUCCGUUCCAACUGUUUUGUCACGACUGUGGACAGCCGUUUCCUCAUCGCUUGCGGCUUCUGGGAUAACAGUUUUCGUGUGUUCGCCACUGAAACUGCUAAAAUUGUGCAAAUUGUAUUCGGCCAUUUCGGUGUGGUCACCUGUUUAGCACGCUCAGAGUGCAAUAUAACAUCGGACUGUUACAUCGCAUCGGGUUCAGCAGACUGUACGGUCCUGCUGUGGCAUUGGAAUGCGCGUACGCAGAGUAUUGUUGGUGAGGGUGAUGUACCAACACCGCGUGCCACUCUAACCGGACAUGAACAAGCUGUAACUUCGGUUGUGAUUAGUGCUGAGUUGGGUUUAGUCGUCUCGGGAUCGACAAACGGUCCUGUUCUGAUACAUACCACCUUUGGUGAUCUCUUGCGUUCGCUUGAUCCGCCUAUGGAUUUCUAUUCGCCCGAAUUGAUUGCCAUGUCUCGCGAAGGUUUCAUUGUUGUCAAUUAUGAUAAGGGUAAUGUGGCCGCCUACACCAUCAAUGGCAAAAAGUUGCGCCACGAAACGCACAAUGAUAACUUGCAGUGCAUGUUGCUCUCACGUGAUGGUGAAUAUCUGAUGACUGCCGGUGAUCGCGGCAUCGUGGAGGUCUGGCGAACCUUCAACUUGGCACCCUUAUAUGCCUUCCCUGCUUGCAAUGCUGCAAUACGUUCAUUGGCGUUAACGCACGAUCAAAAAUACCUCCUUGCUGGUCUGUCCACUGGCUCGAUUAUUGUCUUUCACAUAGACUUUAAUCGUUGGCACCACGAGUACCAACAACGGUACUAGGCGCCAAGACAAGGUAAAAGUACAUUUAAACCCGGCUAUAUUAAAAAUACAACACUGACAUUAUAAGAAAAGGCAACGGAGCGUCAAGACCUCGCUGCUACUACAGACAACAUGAUGAUGAAGUUAUGACAACAACAACAACAAUUGUGGAUAAAAUAAGGCCAAAUUGCAAAUAAGCAGGACUUAAAAUGUUAAACAAUUAGUGAAAGCAAAAAAAAAAAUAAUAAUUAAAAAUUAAUACAAAAAUUGUAGUGACAAAAUACAAGUAAAAAAAUAAAAAAUAAAUUUAACAAAUGUAGCAAUUGCUUUGAGUUUUCAAACGUGCCGUCGUGUAGACGGGUACUUUCGGUUCUUAGUAGAUUUUUCAUAGGCUAGGAGAAAAUUAUGAGUUUUCGUUGUGCAAAUUUUUUACAUAGGAUUACACAGCCGAUAAAYACAUACAUACAUAUAGCGUAAUAACGGGUUAGACCAAUACAUUGCUACGAAUAGUUUAAAGGAAAACUAAAAAAAAAAAAUUAAAUUAAAAUUAAAAUUAAAGUUGCGCUGAAAUUUCUUAACUUGACUUAGUACUUAAUAGGAUUAAAGUGGAUUUUUUUAAAUUAAAGUCGAUAAAUAAAAUUUUGAAAAAAACAUUAUUUAAUUAAAAGAAAAAGUUAAAUAGUUUUAGUGACACAGAAAAAUAUAGAAAUAGCAGUUCUUUCAUAAAACCAAACAAAGACGUAACCAAGCGGCCAAACAGAAAGUGAAACGUACUUAACAUAGUAAUUUUUUCUUAAAGCAAAAGCAUUGUCCUUAACCAAUACUAACGAAGGUAUUUCCAAAACUUAACAGUACGACUAGCAAAGUUGAACAUAAAAAGCAGACAUACUAUAGAAUAGCAGCAUUACAUAGAAGCAUUACGAAGCAUUAGUUGCGCGUUACAAAAUUUAACAAAAAAAUAAAUUAAAAUAAAAACAAAUUUCUGAAGAAACACAAUUUUACUUAAAGCAAACUUAGCAAACAUUUGUAGGUAAGACCGCUAAAGCACAAGCAACAUGCAAGGCAUUAAUUUUUUUAAGCAAAAUUUGUAUUUGUAUCAAUAAAAAAAAGCAAACCACAA